AUGUCAGUUGAGGAGAUACAGGACAAGAACGGCAAGGAUAUCACUGAAGGUGACUUUGUCUACACCAAGUACAGAGGCGGGUCACAUGAGGGCAAGGUCGAAAUGAUCAUCAGAGAUCAAGCUAGUGCCCAACAAGAAGGUGUGGCCAGCUACCCUAAGGUCAUCUACACCGAUCAACAUGGUCAUCGAGUCGCUCAUAAUCCGAUCACUCUAACAAAGCAAAACAGAAGUGCAGCUGAAUGA